AUGCCGAGUGCUGGCAGCGAGUGCUGCUGCGAGCUCCGCCAGGGCCACGCGCAGCGACUGGCGAGUGACUUCAUGACUCACCCGUGUGGUGCUGCCAGCGCUGUCAGUGUGGGGAGCUUCAGCCCUCACCCGUGUGGUGCUGCCAGCGCUGUCAGUGUGGGGAGCUUCAGCCCUCACCCGUGUGGUGCUGCCAGCGCUGUCAGUGUGGGGAGCUUCAGCCCUCACCCGUGUGGUGCUGCCAGCGCUGUCAGUGUGGGGAGCUUCAGCCCUCACCCGUGUGGUGCUGCCAGCGCUGUCAGUGUGGGGAGCUUCAGCCCUCACCCGUGUGGUGCUGCCAGCGCUGUCAGUGUGGGGAGCUUCAGCCCUCACCCGUGUGGUGCUGCCAGCGCUGUCAGUGUGGGGAGCUUCAGCCCUCACCCGUGUGGUGCUGCCAGCGCUGUCAGUGUGGGGAGCUUCAGCCCUCACCCGUGUGGUGCUGCCAGCGCUGUCAGUGUGGGGAGCUUCAGCCCUCACCCGUGUGGUGCUGCCAGCGCUGUCAGUGUGGGGAGCUUCAGCCCUCACCCGUGUGGUGCUGCCAGCGCUGUCAGUGUGGGGAGCUUCAGCCCUCACCCGUGUGGUGCUGCCAGCGCUGUCAGUGUGGGGAGCUUCAGCCCUCACCUGUGUGGUGCUGCCAGCCCCAGCGGUGCGGGGAGCUUCAGCCCUCAGCCAUGCGGUGGUUCUUCCAUCCUCACCCCUGUGGUGAUGCUACCAAACCUUCAGGCCUUGCUAUCUGUUGCUUUGGAUGUCAUCGAAUUGGCUCAAGUGCUGAAAAACCAGCGAUGCUUUACACAGUUUUGCAUUAGCCUGAAUCGUCCUCCACAGAAAGCAACGGCCAAGCCCACAGGGCGAGACCGGCUCCCUCACGGCGGAGCCAGGCCGGCAGCGCAGCCCGAGGCCGAGCCGGCAGCCGAGACCGAGGCCGGGCCCGAGCCGCCGCGCGAGCCCAGCGGCGCCGCCGAGGAGGAGGAGAAGGAGAAGGAGGGAGAGGAGCGCGAGGCGGCGCCCGGAGCCCCCGCCGAGGAGGAGGAGAAGGAGAAGGAGGGAGAGGAGCGCGAGGCGGCGCCCGGCGCCCCCGCCGCGCCCGAGGGAGUUAAAACUAAAGUCUUUGCCUCUUCCAGGUACAUCUUUCUGGAGUACAUGUCUCCAUCUCAUGCCGUGGAUGCUGUGAAGAAUGCUGAUGGAUACAAGCUGGAUAAGCAGCACACUUUCAGAGUCAACCUUUUCACAGACUUUGAUAAGUACAUGACAAUCAGUGAUGAAUGGGAAAUCCCUGAGAAACAGCCAUUUAAGGAUUUGGGGAAUCUGCGCUACUGGUUGGAAGACCCAGACUGUAGGGAUCAGUACAGCGUGAUCUUUGAGUCGGGAGACCGGACCUCCAUUUUUUGGAACGAUAUCAAGGAGCCUGUUCAAAUUGAGGACAGAGCACGAUGGACAGAAACCUAUGUACGUUGGUCCCCAAAAGGCACGUACUUGGCUACAUUCCACCAGAGAGGUAUCGCGCUUUGGGGUGGAGAGAAGUUCAAGCAGAUUCAGAGGUUUAGUCACCAGGGAGUGCAGCUUAUCGACUUCUCGCCUUGUGAAAGGUACUUGGUGACCUUCAGCCCGUUGAUGGACACGCAGGAUGACCCUCAGGCUAUUAUCAUUUGGGACAUUCUGACUGGGCAAAAGAAGAGAGGAUUCCACUGUGAAAACUCGGCUCACUGGCCUAUUUUUAAAUGGAGUCAUGAUGGUAAAUUCUUUGCUCGAAUGACUUCAGAUACACUCAGCAUCUACGAAACACCUUCUAUGGGUUUGUUGGACAAAAAAAGCUUGAAAAUCAAUGGGAUAAGAGACUUUUCAUGGUCUCCAGGUGGUAACAUAAUUGCUUUCUGGGUGCCUGAGGACAAAGACAUCCCAGCAAGAGUGACUUUGAUGCAGCUGCCUUCUAGACAAGAAAUUCGUGUGCGGAAUUUGUUCAAUGUUGUCGAUUGUAAACUGCACUGGCAGAAGAAUGGGGAUUACCUGUGCGUGAAGGUAGACAGGACUCCCAAAGGUACACAGGGCGUAGUAACCAACUUUGAGAUAUUCCGAAUGCGAGAGAAACAGGUGCCAGUGGAUGUGGUAGAAAUGAAAGAAAGCAUCAUAGCCUUCGCCUGGGAACCAAAUGGAAGCAAGUUUGCUGUGCUGCAUGGAGAAACACCUCGAAUUUCAGUUUCUUUUUACCAUGUUAAAAACAACGGGAAAAUAGAACUGAUAAAAACAUUUGACAAACAGCAGGCAAACACAAUAUUCUGGAGUCCUCAAGGACAGUUUGUAGUUUUGGCUGGACUCAGAAGCAUGAAUGGUGCCUUAGCAUUUGUUGAUACAUCUGACUGCACCAUGAUGAAUAUUGCUGAACACUAUACAGCUUCAGAUGUUGAAUGGGAUCCUACAGGCAGAUACAUUGUGACUUCCGUGUCUUGGUGGAGUCACAAGGUGGACAAUGCCUAUUGGUUAUGGACCUUCCAAGGCCGCCUGCUUCAGAAGAACAAUAAAGACAGGUUCUGUCAGCUUCUUUGGAGACCCCGACCAGCUACUCUGCUCAGUGAGGAUCAGAUAAAGCAAAUUAAGAAGGACCUGAAGAAAUACUCCAAGAUUUUUGAACAGAAGGAUCGUCUGAGCCAAUCCAAAGCUUCAAAGGAACUGGUGGAAAGGAGACGUACAAUGAUGGAAGAGUUCAGAAAAUACCGCAAGAUGGCCCAGGAGUUGUACCUGGAGCAGAGGAAUGAGCGUUUGGAGCUCCGAGGAGGUGUGGACACAGAUGAACUGGACAGCAACGUUGAUGACUGGGAGGAGGAGACCGUUGAGUUUUUUAUCAAUGAAGAAAUUAUUACCAUUGCAGAACCAGAGUAAUCCAAUAAAACUGUGCACCACCGUAUUUUGUGCUGAAAAGAGGUUCGUUUUUGGAAAGCCUACAUCAACUUUGGAAUUUUUAAUGCAUAUUCCCACACUCUGGAAGGGUGGAUGCACCAGGUUUUCACCAUUUUGACACAUUGUAGUGCCUUUAAAUCUUGCUGCCUGCUGCAGUGGGAUAUUGGAAAGGCACUGCUUUUAAUUUUUUUUUUUAUGAAUUGUUUUUCUUUUUAAAUCCACUGCUACCAGUAUUUACUUCCCGAAUCCUGUGCAGUGCUUACCAACUGGCAGUUUUUUACUGUUGCCAGUGAGGUGGGUUUCAUCAGUGCACCUCUGUCUUACACACACGCACGAUGUUUCUGUUUCAGGACUCUUUUUAUGUCUCAAGUGCAUGGACAGGUGUUCAUUUUUUGGGGGGAAAAGGCAGCAGAACCAUUUUUCGUAUGAUGUGCUUUAGUGUGCUGAAGCAGCACUACAGUGGGCUAUAUCCUCCUCCUUUCAGAUUGGGAAAGGAUCUGUUCCCUCAACGAGCUGAAUAUGGAAAUAAAAGCAGACCUAUACUAAAA